UAGUUGCAGGUUAUUUCAUAGCUAUUCUGCUUCUUAGCAGAUGCUCGACAACUUUCGCUUCCUUUCUGUCACCGAGGAUCGCGCUGAUGAGAUAUUGCAGUUUCUUCUGAAUCAAUUUGGCCCGAAUGAACCUAUCACAAAAUCCAUACGGGCAACAAAAGACGACGUAAUCGAUUUUUAUCGGGACUUGACAAAAAGUGCGUGUAAAUUCGACAAGUAUUCUACUUUGGUUUAUGACGAGAACAGAUUGGUAGGAAUUUGUCUAUGCUCCCUGUGUUUGCCAGGAUCUGCCGAUGCAUCAUCAUCAACAAAAAUCAAAGAAAAUCAUGAUUAUACGGAAGAGAUUUCCAAUGGUUCCUACAAACAACAUAAAGGAAAUCAAAUAACUGUGUUGGUUCACAUACUCGAAGAGGAACUGAAGAGGUUGCUAUCUAAAAGCAAAUUUAUGGAAUUAGAUAUUUUAUGUAUACAUAAAGAUUAUGCUGGCAGGGGUUUGGGCAAGGAGCUUACUCGACGAGCUACGGAAAUGGCAAGAGCGGAAGGAUGUGAAUACUUAGCGGCUGUGGCAACCGCAGGAGCAUCGCAAGCUAUUUUUAAAAAGUAUGGCUGGAAAACCCUCGUCGAGAUUCCAUACACAGACUAUUGUGAGAAUGGUAAUCCUGUGUUUCAAAACUUACACGAUGGUCAUCAAAGCGCAAAAGCUAUGGCACUGAAGUUGAAUUUAUGAUUGCUAUUGAUUUGUGAUUGCUUGUAAGAAUAAAGAUGUUCAAUUACAUAACGAUAUGAUGUAUCUCUUCUUACUUGAUGUCCUAAAAUCUUCCCAGUUUCUGUUAAUAAUACAUCUUUCUUUACCUUGG